CCGCUCUUUGCCGCAGUCGCGCUCAGUGCACGAAAGACGAAAGUCGGGCGCGUCGCGCAUGCGUUGAAUUUCAAGCGCUGUUCUUUCGCUGACAUUUUAUUUCAUUAUUCCGAUUUUAAAUUAACCGCGAAAGUGUUGACACGGAUUGAUGCUUUAAGCAAGUUCUAAUUUUAAAUAAAUACCGCUGAAUGGAUGAGCGUUGGUUAAACUUCGGGCGAUAACGUGGCCAUAAGAUCCCGUUGGUUAGCUUAGUCUACCGUUGACUGCGCUGACGUACGAAGCGUAAAAGUAAUGACUGGCUGACAUUUUGUGAAAGUGACAAGUUUUUGUGGACAACAUGACUACUGUGGAUGAGACGUCCAUGGGAGGCAACAAUAAUGUGGUCCCACUAUUACCGCGGACCACUGUGCAACUCGAAUUUAAAAACAUUACGUGUACUAUUAAUUCGUUCCUCGUCAACAAAAUGCGAUUUGAACAGAGAAAAAUCCUGAAAGGAGUAGAAGGAUGCUUCAAGCCUGGAGAACUCACGGCCAUCAUGGGCCCAUCGGGAGCGGGAAAGACCACACUCCUCAAUAUCCUUGCUGGAUACUCAACUCGAGGAGCCAAAGGAGAAAUCGCAGUGAACGGCGUAUGCGCGGACGCAUCUCGGUCGGCGGGUCGCGGCGGCGCGCGAUACAUUCGCCAACAGGAUGACCUCCGGGUGCAUCUCACAGUGUAUGAAGCCAUGUCUCUUGCCAGUGCCCUCAAACUGGCCGACUUCACCUCACAUGAGAGGAAAGAGAAAGCCUACGAAAUCUUAGCCUUAUUGGGGUUGAGUGGAGCGGCACAGACCCUCUGUCGGGACCUCUCGGGAGGACAAAAGAGGAGGCUUGCUGUGGCCCUCGAGUUACUCUCAGAUCCCUCACUCUUAUUUCUGGAUGAACCUACCACCGGCUUGGACUCAGCAGCAUCAGCUUCGCUCAUCGCCUUGCUGAACAGCUUAGCCCGGGGAGGGAGAACCCUCAUAGCCACCAUCCACCAGCCCUCCGCCUUACUCUUCGAGAAGAUAGACUCCAUCUACUGCCUGGCUGCAGGGAGAACAUUGUACAAAGGAGCUAGGAUACACCUUCUCCCCGCGUUAGCCAGUGCUGGACUGAGAUGUCCACCCUACCACAAUCCUGCUGACUUUCUAAUGGAAGUGGCGUCGGGAGAGUACGACGUGGACCUGGUGAAAGCAGCUAAGACCAUGCUGCGGUUCAAACCGGAGCCCCCAGCCACCGGCAGCUAUGAUGACAACGUGCCGACUAUUCCGGCACUGCCCAGCCCUAUGGACUUUCCGACAGAGUUGAAAAUGAAGCCGACGUUAAGCGACUCGAAACACCAAAGAACCUCCUCAAAACACAUGUACAACCAGUCAGGGCUCCUGCGACAAACAUGGAUCUUGCUGUACAGGAACUAUUUAAUGACCACUAGGAAUUAUUCUCUCUUCAUGUACCGAGUGGCAUGCCACGUGGUCAUCGCGCUCAUCUUCGGCUACCUCUACAGCGGGGUGGGCAGCGAAGCCGGGAGCGUUCUCGGCAACUAUGUCUACCUCUAUGGCUCUAUGCUGCUUGUUGUCUACACUGGAAAGAUGUCCGUUACACUCUCGUUUCCUUUAGAAAUGGAUAUUUUGAAAGGCGAAUACUUCAACCGAUGGUAUAACCUAGGGCCGUACAUAUUCUCCAUAUUAGCAGUGGAACUACCAUUCCAAAUGUUAUCCUGCGUGUCUUACGUGGUGCUGUCGUACUGGUUGACGGACAACCCACUGGAGCCGACGCGUGCGACGCUGUUCCUCGCCACGGUCGUCGCCACCUCGCUCUGUGCGCAGGCGUGGGGCUACUUCGUCGGGUCCACCACUCCCACCAAGAUCGCAGUGUUCCUAGGCCCGGUUGUAGCGUGCCUGUUCUCUGUAUUCGGGUUCUGCCUAGCCCUGAGAGAUACUCCGUACGGCUUCCGAUGGCUACACCACAUCUCCUACUUCCGAGCUGGCUUCCACGUAGCCGUGCACUCUGUCUAUGGCUUCAAUCGGACCAAGAUUCAUUGCUCUAAAGAAUACUGCCACUACAGUACACCAAGCAAAUUCCUUGUCGAGAUGGACAUGGCAGAGAUCGACGUUGGAGGCAAUAUGGCGCUCGUCCUGUCUACCACGGUCCUGAUGCACCUCCUCACAUGCGCCGCUCUGUGGUACCGACUUAAUAAGAGAUAGUUAGCUGAGACCACAAGAUACUUUUUCUUAGUCUACAUAGGCCAACAGUCUGUACUAAGUUGUCGCUAGAAAAUUGUGUUCCAAAUUCAAAUUAAGUACUUACUUACAAUGCUAUUCCGUUUAUAUAAAUCACGUAUGUCAGCAGAAAACAAGUUCCAAAUAUACGCUUCGCUGCCAAGAAAUUACUAAGGGUCUCUUCAUCAACGGAAUACGUUAUAAUAUGACUUUACUUUGUAAAUAAAAGAUUUUCCUAUAUUUUAUUUCAAGUAUCUUUUGGAGAAUAUCUUUAUAACUUUGUGAUUUAUUUAUAGUACUUAAUGAUAUUUUAUACGAUUAGGUAUUUAAUUUUGUUUGUACCACUGAAGUACCUAAACAUUUUUCUAGCGGCACAACUAUCUCUUUCUCUAGAAAGAGAAAGAGAGAGAGAUAGGUUUGGUGCUUUUUACUUAGUUUGAAUUAUAAAAUAUUAUUUAACAAUGUUGAAUGGGACUGUAGAUAUUAGUGCGACUGAUCUGUGCACAGUGGUUUAUUUAAACUUGUUUAAAAAUUUUCAAUUCUGGUUCCCUAGAGAAUAAGCUCGACAAUACAAUACACGUCAGGUUCUUCAUCAGAUUCCCGAACCUGGGAACAUGAUUCAGCUAUAAAUAGACAUUCGCUUAUUAAUAAAAUCUAUGGUACGAACGCGUUUCGAUAGUCGAUUGAGCAUCUAUCGAUAAUACUUGACUUGUGUUAGUGAAGUAAAUGAGUUCGAAUUCUCCUGGUAUAGACACAUGUUAUUAUUAUUAUUGAGGCUUACUUUGUGAUAUAAAAUAUCAAAUAUAUGAAGCAAAGAUUAAAGAUAUAAUAUAUAAUAAAAGAUAUAUAAGCAAAGAUUGGCGCUAUAAUAAUGUAUAAUAAUUAUUAUUGACCAUCGUCCAGUAAUAUUACUAAAUCGACCACUAUUUAUAGCGCUCAAGUAUAUCACAUACCAUAUUAUGUUGCAAAAGUCCAUAUGUUAAAAAUAAGAAUGUUGUCAUAUUCGAUAAGGUAAAGUAUUAGCCAGACAACUUCUGAAAACAGAAGCAAAAGCAAUAGCGUGUGUUCAACCGAGUUAGUUUUAAGUUAUUUAUUUCAAUAAAAUCAUGAUUUUAUUAAAUGGGCAAGAAAGUGUAAAUGGAAUGGAUACACCUUUAGUAAUGAGAAUGCAUACAGGGCCUAAUAAUAAUACCAUUAGAACAAAAGAUUUGGUGAAAUUUACUAAUUACAUACAAACGUACAAAAUACUUUACAUAACAUAACAUAAACAGCCUAUAUACGUCCCACUGCUUGGCACAGACCUUACCUCAAUCAACCGGAGCAUACUCCACCACGCUGUUCCACUUUACCAAAAAUCAAUUUACUUACAGUUCUAAGAGAUGCUUAUCUAGAUACAUGACAAUUGGCGAAUUUAUCGCUUAAAGAUAUGUGUCAGACAACAAUAAGGCGAGGAAGUACAUUUUAACAGACGACGGAAAAAUCAGUUCAUAUAAAUAGUUAAGUAAGUAGCUUAUUUUUCGACUAAGUUUAAGGAAUCAUCUCGUAUCAUUUAACUUAAAGUAGUAUUAUUAAUAAAGGUGUAGGAAAAAAAUUAUCGUGGACUUAGCACACAUUUUAUGCUAGUUAAUAUGCCUCUAUAUUACUAUUUUAAUAGACAUAGCUAUAUACACUUAUUACUAUUGGACCAAAGGAAACUAUUUAUAUAUUCUAUAACUUACUCUUUACUUUAUAUAUUAAAUGCAAAGUGCGUUCUAUUUUAGUAAUUCCAGUGAACGAAGUUUAUAAAGGUAAAAUAUAUACUAAUACUGGUAAUAUAUUACUUAUAAUUAUAAAAAUAACAUGACAGAAUAUAUUUUAUAAAAUAUUAUAUUUAAGUAAGGCUAUUUAGAUGAAUGUUUCAUAUUAUAUUUAAGUGUGUAUAAUUAUUAUUAUUGAUUGACUUGCCAAGAAUAGCUAAUGACGACAGAAAUGUAGUAAUAUAUUUAUUUCUAAAACACAAGAACAAGUGCAACUAUAAAAUGUAAACUAUGAAAUGGCUGGUCCGUUUUGAAGCUGGCUGGUUUAGUUACCAGCUUGAAGGCAGAAAAUACUGAAGGUGAAUUAAUAUAGUUAUCAACAUUUUUCUUCGAACUACUUUUAUCGUGUGGGUUGUGAGGUGGAGUGCCAACCUCAUCAGCCUUGGUGUCAGGGUUACUAUUGAGCCGCCAAAAGCCGCUAACAUGACUCUUUGAACUAUUAUUUUUGUAGACCAUUGAAUCCCAUUCUUAAGGUAUUUAUAUAUACAAUUCGAUUAUUUGUUAUCUUUCAAAAUUGGGUUUAAUUCGUUUUCUAAGCGCGUGGCUAUUUGCUGAUAAAACAUUUUUUAUAGCCGGAACAUGCAAGCUAUCAACGCUAUCAUUGUGAUAUCAAUAUUAAUUCCUAGUAUAUAAGACGACUAGUAAAUAAAAUUAGAUAUAAAAGAUUUUGAUGACGUAUUAAAACAAUUUCUUACGA